AUGAGGUCGAUACAACUAUUGGCUGCAGCUCUCCCCGUGACAUGGGCAUUCUCAUUCAAUGCCUGGGACCUGGGAUUCCAUGGCAUGUAUCCGACACAGCAUUUCAGAUCAGUCAACUUCCAACCGCCAGCCCCAAAAGUAACGAAAAGUGAUCCACGAUGCGACAAAGGAAACUUAUUCAUAACGCCAAGAGGGCCCUUAGUGACUGGGGCAGCAAGAGGUCCAGUGAUACUAGAUUCAAAUGGGGAGAUGAUCUGGAUGGACAACACAAAAUGGGAACAAGCCAUGAACUUUAACGUACAGAAAUACAAAGGAGAGGAUUACUUGACAUUUUGGACCAAAACUAAGAAGAAGGUUAAGAAGAAUGGUAAAGUCAAGAAAUCGAAGAAAUCUUUUGUGAUGCUCAACUCGGCGUACGAAGUCGCCUACAAAAUAACGCCACAUGGUCACGGCCUCAAAGGGGACUCUCAUGAGUUUCGAAUCACACCUGAAGGUACUGCGCUCAUAGCUAUCUACAAGAAGCAUGAAGCGGAUUGUACUGAGCUCGGUCUCGGUAAGAAGUGCUGGAUCCAAGAUGGAUGGUUCCAAGAAAUCGACAUCGAGACCAACGAGUUACUCUUCGAGUGGCGAGCCACAGACCACAUCAGCAUGAAAGAUGUGUACAGCAGUCCUUCCAUGAAAGACGGGCAUGGGAAGAACAAAGCCGAUGCAUUCGACUUUUUCCACAUCAACAGUAUCGACAAGACCGAGUCUGGAGACUACAUUGUCUCAGCGCGGUACAUGCUCGCCGUGAUAUGCGUGAGUGGCAAAACAGGAGAAGUUCUCUGGCAGCUCGGCGGCAAGAACAACAACUUCAAGGAUCUCGACCAUGCACUUAAUUUUGCAUGGCAACAUCAUGUCACAUGGCAAGGCAACAACACGCUCUCCUUGUUUGACAAUCAUGCCAACACCGUUCUUCAUGCACCAUCCAAACACAGCAAAGGCAUGAUCAUCCACCUCGACAUGGAAAAGAUGACUGCCACACUCGUACACAAAUACGUACACCCAGACAAAAUUCUCAACGUCUCUCAAGGCUCCGUUCAAAUCAUCCCGGAAAGUGGUAAUGUGCUCGUCGGUUUCGGCAACUCGCCUACAUACGUCGAGUACGGAUUCGACGGAGAAGUCCUCUGUGCCGCGCACUUUGCGCCACAUCUUUUAUUCGAGCUCGUCGAUUUCGGCUUCGUGAAAUCGUAUCGAGUGUUCAAGCAUCCUUGGGUGGGAAAGCCAAACACAGUACCGGAUGUGGUGGUUGAGGAUGGGAAGGCGUAUGUGAGCUGGAACGGAGCGACAGAAGUUGCGGGCUGGAGAUUACAAACUGCAGCAGAGAUGGAAGCAGAGGACGAGGAUGAGUUCGUGACCAUCAGGGAAGUGAAGCGUGAAGGCUUUGAGACCGAGAUCAAGCUUGAUAAGAAGCAUAAGUAUGUGAGAGUUGUCGCGCUCGGCGCGAACGAUGCCGUCUUGGCUUCUUCGGUCGUCGUGAAAGCGCCAACGAAAUCAUCACUCUCCUUCUGGUCCAUCGUAACCAUAAUGGUCCUCUCCGCCAUUCUCUCCGGCACAACAGCAGCAUUCCUAGUCCACCGGCGCCGCCUGCCCGCGUCCCUCACGCUCACACGUCUGCGCAUCCACUUCCCGCGCAAGCUUUCCCACCUCCAUAUCAUGAGUCGUGCGAAGAGCGGCUAUCGCGAUGUGCCUACAACAGACGAGGAUUAUGACACAGAGGCAGCACCGCUGUUGUUAGAUGAGAGGUCGCCGAGUCCGUCGUAG